GGCUGCUGAUUUACAGGGAGCUGGUGGGAGUGGGACUAUAGGCAGUCCGUGUGAAACAGAGCACUUCUCUGAGGGUCUCUCCCUGUCAGGCAGUGGAAAAACAGCAUUUGACUGCAGGGCACAUACGAGGCAUUCAUUGAUUUGAUUCUGAAAUCAUUUACAAGGUUCUUCAGAAGUCAGAAGUAAGCCUGAGUGAACCUGCUGAAUGACUGCAUUUGCCACAUCCUAGAGGUGUAGCUCUCAUUGAGAAGCCAAAAGGGAGUCGGAUCUCUGUGGGAGUUCACUAAGACCUUUACGCGAUGCAACUAAAAAGGAGAGGGUUAACCUCAGGCGGAUCACCCUUGAUUCUUUUCAUGUGCCAGUUAAUUGCAGCCUUAGAUGUUCCUCUUGAUCCAAAAAUUCUGGAAGGAUUGCAGCAACCACCUACCAUCACUCAUCAGUCCCCAAAGGACUACAUAAUAGACCCUAGAGAAAACAUAGUAAUUCAGUGCGAAGCAAAAGGGAAACCAACUCCAAGGUUUUCAUGGACAAGAAAUGGAACACAUUUUGAUACAGACAAAGAUUCAAGAAUCAUGAUGAAGCCAAAUUCAGGAACGCUGGUCAUUGAUAUCAGCAAUGGGGGGAAGCCAGAUGCAUAUGAAGGCAUAUAUCAGUGCAGUGCAAGAAAUGAACAUGGAACAGCAGUAUCAAACAACAUUGUUAUACGACAAUCCAGAUCUCCCUUAUGGUCAAAGGAGAAACUUCAGCCUUAUAUAGUCCAAGAGGGCAGUUCAUUAGUGCUUCCAUGCAGACCUCCAGUUGGUCUUCCUCCUCCUAUAAUAUUUUGGAUGGAUAAUUAUUUUCAGAGGCUGCCACAAAGCAAUAGAGUAUCUCAAGGUUUAAAUGGAGAUCUAUAUUUUUCCAAUUUAAAAGUGGAAGACACACGAAGUGACUAUAUUUGCUAUGCCAGAUUUAACCACACUCAAACAAUCCAGCAGAAACAGCCAAUUUCUGUUAAAGUUUUGUCCAUGGAUGCAAUCAAUGAGACUUUUGCAGCUUUUUUGAAUGACACUGAAUUUUUUGGUGACAUGCCAGUUGGAGAGAGACGUCCAACGUUUUUGGUUCCAACUGGACAAAAUAGCAGUAAGCUGGUUUUAAGAGGAGAAAUCCUGAAACUUGAAUGCAUUGCUGAAGGCCUACCCACUCCAGAAAUACACUGGAUUAAAGAAAGUGGAGAAUUACCAGCUAAGAGAACAUUUUAUGAAAAUUUUCAGAAGACACUUAAAAUUGUUGCUGUUACUGAGGCAGAUGGUGGAAGUUACCGUUGCACAGCAAAAAAUCAUUUAGGAUUAGUUCACCAUACAAUAAAAGUCACAGUUAAAUCUUCACCAUAUUGGAUCAAUGAACCAAAGAACCUUAUACUAGCCCCUCAAGAAACAGGCAUUCUUCUCUGUCGUGCUAGUGGCAAUCCCAAGCCAUCUAUCACUUGGUUAAUGAAUGGAAUUCCUAUUGAAAAUUCCCCUGAUGAUCCCAGCAGGAAAAUAGAUAAUGACAACAUUGUGUUUUCUGAUGUGCAGAAAGACUCUAGUGCUGUUUAUCAAUGUAAUGCAUCAAAUGAAUACGGCUACUUGCUUUCCAAUGCAUUUGUUAAUGUACUUGCUGUACCACCGAGAAUUCUGACCCCACCCAACCAUCUUUAUCAGGUUAUCAUUAGUAGACCAGCAUUACUAGACUGUUUGACAUUUGGCUCUCCAGUACCCAAAGUUCAAUGGUUCAAGGACAACCAUGCUAGUAUUCUGGAUGGAGACCCUUAUAUUGCUCAUAAAAAUGGCUCUCUGGAAAUCCAUGUUGCACAAAAGGCAGACAGUGGGAAAUACACUUGCGUAGGAAUUAAUGAAUUGGGAAAGGCAGAGAAUGUGGUUCAUCUGGAGGUUAAAGAAUCUGUACGAAUUAUUGCACAGCCAGAAUACAGAGUUGUGCAAAAAGCUGGAACAGUGGUAUUUGAGUGCAGGGUUAAACAUGAUCCAAGCCUUGAACUCACAAUUACAUGGCUCAAAGAUGAAAAUAGUUUGCCAGAGGAUGAAAGGUUUGUUGUUGGCAAAGACAGUCUUACAAUUACUGAUGUUACAGAAGCUGAUGAAGGUACCUACACUUGCAUUGCAAAUACCUCCCUGGACAAAGACAUUGCAAGGGCAGAGCUAACAGUUGUUGCUGCUACUCCAACUCCACCUAUAAUUUACGAUUAUCCUGAUCCCCCUAGUGAUCUGGAACUGACUGAUGAACACGAAAGAAGUAUCCAGCUUACAUGGACACCAGGAGAUGACAACAACAGUCCAAUUGAAAAAUUUAUAAUUGAAUAUGAAGAUGGACUUCAUGACCCUGAUGUUUGGCACAACCUAACAGAAGUGCCUGGACAAAAGACUACAGCUCAUUUAAAACUUUCUCCAUUCGUCUGGUAUUCAUUCCGCGUUAUUUCAGUCAAUAAAGUAGGAAGGAGCCAGCCCAGUAGUCCAUCACGACAAUAUCAGACACCUGGAGCUGCACCAGAUGAAAAUCCUAUAAUUGUGAAAGGAGCAGGAUCUGAACCUGACAAUUUUGUUAUAACAUGGGAGCCCUUAACAGGUAUACAGUCAAAUGGCCCAGGACUUCAGUACAAAGUUAGCUGGAGGCAAAAAGAUGUGAAUGAAGAAUUUACAACAAUAAAAGUUGCAAAUGUUUCUAAGUACAUUGUUUCUGCAACACCGACCUUUGUUCCAUAUGAAUUUUAUGUGCAAGCGAUAAAUGACUAUGGACCCGGACCUGAGCCAUUAAUUCACGUGGGACAUUCAGGAGAAGACUUACCAAUGGUAGCUCCACCAAAUGUACGUGUACGUGUAGAAAACAGUACGCUUGCAGAGGUUCAUUGGGAUGCAGUACCUGCUAAAAGUGUGAGAGGAAUUCUUAAAGGUUAUAAAAUUUAUUAUUGGAAGGAGAGAAGUCUUAAUAAGCGUAAGAGACGCAAUACUGGAAAAAGUUCCUUGAUGUUCGAUAAGAAUAAGACCCAUGGAAAGCUGCCAGGACUGGAACCUUUUAGCCAUUAUGUUCUCAAUGUGCGAGCUGUUAAUGGAAAAGGAGAUGGCCCACGCAGCCCAGACCAACACUUUGAAACUCCUGAAGGAGUCCCAGGAGCUCCUGCAUUUUUGAAGGUUACAAAUCCAACGCUUGAUUCUUUAACACUGGAAUGGAGCCCUCCUGUACAUCGUAAUGGCAUUUUAACUGGCUAUACACUGAGGUAUCAAGCAAUCAACAACACCCACAAACUUGGCCCUCUGCUGGAACUUGUAAUCCCUGGCAAUGAGACGAGUUGGACUUUAAAAAAUUUAAACUAUAGUACACGCUAUAAGUUUUAUUUUCAUGCGCAAACAUCUAAAGGACCAGGAAGUAGCCUAACGGAAGAAGGAGUAACUAUUAUGGAUGAAGCUCUGUUACAUCAACCCGCUAUAGAGGCGGGCAAAGGGCAUUCAGAAUCCCCUCUUGCAACUUCCCCCCUAAUGCACACUGUCCAACCCCCAUCCCACAAGGUACGUCCAUCUGAGCCAGAAUUUGGAAUCGUAAAUGCAUCUCCUGCAGAGGACUUUGCAAAUAUCAGUUGGGAGUAUUGGGGACCAUAUAAGAACUUUUAUAUUGAAUAUAUGGUAGAAAACAGUGAAGAAGAUUGGAAAAAAGAGUUUGUAAAUGGCACUCAGUUCUCCUUUGUGAUAAAAGGCUUAGUGCCAGGAACACAAUAUAAAGUGCGUGUUGUUGCUAAGGGUGUUACAGAUGAAACGGUUUUACAAAGUGCAGAAGGCAUUUUUAAAACUAAUCCAGCAAUGGCAAGUCGACAGGUUGAUAUAGCUACCCAAGGAUGGUUUAUUGGCUUAAUGUGUGCAAUUGCACUACUUAUUCUGGUUUUGCUAAUCAUCUGCUUCAUCAAGAGAAAUAAAGGUGGCAAAUACCCAGUAAAAGAAAAAGAAGAUGCACAUGCUGAUCCAGAAAUUCAACCUAUGAAAGAAGAUGAUGGAACUUUUGGGGAAUACAGGUCACUUGAAAGUGAUACAGAAGAUCAUAAACCCCUGAAAGGAAGCCGAACCCCUUCCAAUGGAACUGUUAAGAAGGAGGACAGUGAUGACAGUUUAGUUGACUACGGUGAAGGUGGAGAAGGUCAGUUUAAUGAAGACGGGUCUUUUAUUGGACAGUAUAGUGGAAAGAAAGAAAAAGAAACUGCUGAAGGCAAUGAGAGCUCAGAAGCCCCCUCUCCAGUCAAUGCAAUGAACUCGUUUGUGUAACGUGGAGCAGAUGCGAACCUCGGAAAAGACUUUUUACACCCUCACCUUACAGGCUGAUCCAUUUACACUGUGACCUGCCAUCACGUGCACAUGUGAAACAAAACACAAAGAGGGGAACGUGCUGAGCGUUGUGAAGGAUCUCAAAAAGCAAUAGUGGGAAAAAAGAAAAAAAAAAACAGCUCUGCAAGCACACACACGGUUGCCUGGUUGUGAAGAUGAAGAACGUGUGCUGCAUAAUUGCCAUAUUAUUCUCACCAUUACAUUCUUUUUAUUUUUUACAUAAGAACUCUGUAAUGAACUGCAUCAGUCUAAUGCAUCUUUCAUCUGCUUUCUACUGUAGUGCAUGAGGACAAAAAAAUGUUUGCUGCACCUAACACAGGACCGAUAAGUGUGUAAAACAGUGGAUUUUUUUUGGGGACUUUACAAUGCACAUCUGAAUUAGUGAAAAUGAUUUCUGUUUCAUUGUCAAAGUGUUAUAUUGGUAUUAUAUAAAGCACCAAUGUCUUUGUGGACAUUGUGGUAUAAUUGUGAUUAAAUGUAUAGCUAUUAUUAUAUGUCUUUUUUGCAAGACAAGAGCUGUUUGUAUAUAUAUAUAUAUAUAUAUUUACAAAAAAGAAAACUUAUAGAAUCUUGAACUCUAAACUGAGGAUAAAUGUUAAUGCAUAAGGCUCUGUUAAUGGUGUAUAUUGUAAGUACUCUAUAAUCAGCGUAACAUUUCAGACAUUCUCAUGGUUAAAACAAAAAUAGAAAAUAUCAACACCUUUUUAUUAUCCUGGACUUCAUAUUACAAUUGCACUAAUUAUGAAGAUUUUCAACUCACGUUAUGUCAGACCAUCUAAACGCCCAUUAACAUCAUCACCUCACUUUAUGUCAGUUUGGAUCACAUUUCAACCCAUGGCCCACUGUCAUUUUUCCAUUAACACGAGCCAUUUUUAUUAUUCUACCAUUAGCUCACAGAAUAAGAAAUACAAACGUGUUCUUAAUCUAAAACUGUACAGGUGUCUUGUUCGGUAUACAAGUAAUGGGUGGUGAGUGAUCUGCAGUAAAUAGUGCCUUUGCAGAAAACAGUGUUAUUCCCGGGGAACUGGACCAUGAGGAUGCACUCAAAGAUCCACAAAGACAGUAAUGGAGGAAUGAAGGAAUACGAAUUUGAACAACAAGCACAUAUUUCUGUAUAGCAAAAAAAAGAGUCAGUCUACAUGACGAAGGGAUGAAGACAUUCCCUUUUCUGUGAAUCAAGCGUUUUUAAGAUAUUUAAACCAAAAGUGCACUCUUAUUUGCUUGUUUUAAACUAUGAUGCUGAAUAUUGUAUAGCUUGCUGGGCUUAUAAGUAAAAGUGCGCUUAAUAAGAAUCAGAUGAAUUUGGUACUAUCUUGUAUACCUCAAAAGGCUCAAAUCUGCGUUUCCAGGAAUUUUUCUGGUUGCUCAAUUUUUCAGUUCCUCCAUUGUGUUGCUGGACGUGAGUGUUUUGUUGAAACAAAAAAACAAAAAAAAAAAAGUGAGUUUUGCUGUAGUAUGCAUAGAAAACUACAAGUUUAUGCUAUGUUGAAAUUGAUUAUAAAUUAAAAUUUAUCUUAAAGAACUUGUAAAAAAAAAAAACCUACUACCCUUAUGGUUGAAAAAUUUGUAAUCUGGGUUUCAUAACUUGCAUCAAGUUUUAAGUUUCUUUUUAUGUUCUUACAUGUAGAUAUUUUGUUGGAUUUGUAAAUAUUCCCUUCUUUACUUUUAGAUACAUUAGGCACAUGGAAAGUAAGUGAAAUCAUGCGCUGUAUAGGAUAUAAUCUGCCUAAUGGGGUGCAUUGUACUGAAUAUUAUCAUCUACACAGUUUCCUUUCCUUUGAAUUUUGUACAAAAAAUUGAAAUUAUUCACAGACUCAAGCCUUUCAUGUUCUGUUUCACCCAAGCUUAAAGUCAGGCACAUUGGGUACGGCAGAAUUUGACAGCUAUAAACCCCCCUGAAAUAAUUGACAUCUUUUUGUUUUUUUUUUGUUUUUUUUGGGUGGGGCAGCCGCUAUCUAUCCAAUUAAAAAAGAGAACGUUUUCUUCUGAAUAUCACUUUUGGCAAAGAGGUGAGCAAGAGAGUGGUACUGCAUUCUGGUAUAUGUGGAUGAUGAUUUUGUGCAUGAAAGGCUGCUCAGUUGGUUACUUCAUAUUACUGCAAAAGAUUUUGUAUUUAAAAGGAAUAUAAAUAAAUGUGGUUUCAAAAUUUCACUAACA